AUGGCGUCUAACAUCCCAGCAGGCGUCCCUAUGGUUAAGUGGGUUCAUACCUAUCUGCUACGUAACGGUAACUUCUGGUCUACUAAAGAGAAUACAUCUUUAGGCUCAUGGAUAUGGCGUAAACUGUUGAAAUAUAGAGACAAGGCCAAGGUUUUCCACAGAAUGGAGGUUAGGAAUGGCAGAUCAACGUCCUUCUGUUGGGCCCAGGGGUUUAUCGAUAUGGGUAUCAGAGCAAUGGCAUCAGUGGCCUCUGCUUUUAGCAGGCGCAAGAGGAAUCAUCGAGUGGAUGUGUUCAAUCAGAUUGAGGUAGCCUUGGAGAAUCAGCGUUUAAAGGCUGUUGAUGCAGAGGAUAUUCCUUUGUGGCAACAGAAACAAGGGACCUACAAGAACUUGUUCAACACAAAUAAAACAUGGCAACUCAUUCGACAAGCCUCUCCGAUAGUUUAUUGGCACACAGGGGUUUGGUUUCAGCAUGCAACACCUAAGUCCGCUUUCUGUACAUGGCUAGCUCUGCACAACAGGUUAACAACUGGGGAUCGUAUGCUCACAUGGAAUUCAAGCAUUGAUCCAGCUUGGUCAGAUUUCUGGCGCGAUUUGUUUUUCAAGCAACCAUUCACUCUCUCUGGAGGGAAAGGAAUGAAAGACGUCAUGGCUCAAACCCCAUGUCUACUGCACUGCUGGUCAGAUUUGUUGAUCGCCAAGUGA